AUGAAGAAGAUUACUACUACUUUAGGUAUUGGGGUAGAUAUCUUGAAGAUAUCUAGAUUUGACAAGAUGAUCAAUAAACCUGGAAGAGGAUUGGAUUCAUUAUUUGUGGAAAAGUUAGGAUCAAGAAUUUUACAUCCAAUUCAUGAAUUGCCCGUAUUUAAAUCUCUAUUGAAAACUCAGGAUUCUUCAAAAGUUACAAAGUACCUUGCAGGUAAUUGGGCAAUGAAAGAAGCUAUAUACAAAACAUUAGAUGAAAGUGAUCAGAAAUUUUUCCAGUUCAAUCAAUGGUUUAAACUUUACAAUGAACGUGGUAAACCAGAUAUUUCUAAUGAUGAUUAUCAUAAACCAGAAGAAUUCUUACUUAGUAUAAGUCAUGAUGAAGAUGUACUUGUGGCCACAGUUCUUAGACAAGAAGUGAACUAUUAUGGCAAGGAAAAGUAA